CUUUUUUUUUUUUUUCUCUUUUAUUCAUUUUUUUUUUUAUUUCAAUUUUUUUUUUGGAACAAGAUGGCUACCAAGAGAAAUGUUUCUUCCACAAAGGAAGAAGGACCUGUAAUUGACGAAGCUAUUGAACGUAAUUGGGAAAUCCCAGAUUUUACUAUCAAGGAAAUUCGUGAUGCUAUUCCUGCCCAUUGUUUCCGUCGUGAUACUUUCCGAUCAUUCACUUAUGUAUUCCAUGAUGUGGCUAUCAUCCUUGCUUUGGGUUAUGCUGCUACUUAUAUUGAUCAUCUACCUUCUGCUCCUUUACGUUUAGCUUUAUGGUCUUUUUAUUGGAUUGCUCAAGGUGUUGUCGGUACUGGUGUUUGGGUUAUUGGUCAUGAAUGUGGCCAUCAAGCUUUCAGUCCAUCCAAGGCUAUCAACAAUGGUGUAGGUAUGGUACUUCAUUCUUUAUUAUUGGUUCCCUAUCACUCUUGGAGAUUCUCUCAUUCUCGUCAUCAUAAAGCUACUGGACAUAUGACAAAGGAUCAAGUAUUUGUACCUCAUACUCGUAAAGCACUUGGAUUACCUGCUCGUGAAGUGGAUCCCGAAGGUGAUGGACCUCAUUCAGCUUUAGAAGAAUCACCUAUUGCUAUGUUGUACAAUAUGGUGAUGAUGUUUGUAUUUGGCUGGCCCUUGUAUCUCUUUACCAAUGUCACUGGACAAGAUUAUCCUGGUUGGGCUUCUCAUUUUAAUCCUUAUUGUGAUAUCUUUGACAGCAAUCAAGUUUCUGAAGUAUAUCAAUCUGUAGCUGGUUUAUUGGCUACUAUCGGUUUGUUAACAUAUUGUGGUCAAGUCUUUGGAUCUUUGGCCAUGAUCAAAUUUUAUGUGAUUCCUUAUCUCUUUGUUAACUUUUGGUUGGUCCUUAUCACCUAUUUACAACACACCGACCCUACUUUACCCCACUAUCGUGAAAAUGUCUGGAAUUUCCAACGUGGUGCUGCCUUGACCAUCGAUCGUUCUUAUGGCUUCAUUUUGGAUUAUUUCCAUCAUCAUAUCUCUGACACUCAUGUUGCUCAUCAUUUCUUUUCCACCAUGCCUCAUUAUCAUGCUGAAGAAGCUACUGUACAUAUCAAGAAGGCUCUUGGAAAACAUUACAAGUUUGAUCCUACUCCUAUUCCUCAAGCUCUUAUCAAAUCUUGGAAGACUUGUCGUUUUGUUGAAGAUGAAGGUGAUGUUGUCUUUUUCAAAAAUUAGAUAGUCUUCUCUCCCUUUUUUUUUUUUUUCUUUCACUCCUCCAAUCCACCCUUUUCUCUCUCUCUUUUUUUUUAUUAUUUUUAUUUGCUUUAUAUUUUAGAUAGCAUCAUACAUAUUUAUAUAUCAUCAUCAUCCUCUUUUUUUCAUAUAUAGUUUAUUUAUUAUUUGUCCAAGUUGAUUAUAUCAUAAUAAACUACAAUCUAUCUUCAUUUCUACAUUA